GGAAUCGUCUAUGUCAAGAUGACCUUUAGGUUGUCAGACGCGUGCCAAAGUUCAACAAAUAAUGGCGCAUCUUCUUCACUUUCCGUGGCGUUACGAUGUACCGUAGAGCUGUCAUCUAAACAUUGUUUCUGUUUCGUCGACAUGAGUAGUUUUUACAGCUAACUGGCUGCCUUGGAGUGAAAUUCCGAGUUGCGAAGUUGUCGUAAAAGGGGCGCUAAAAUUCGUUCUGGUCAGCCGGGCCGUACCACCUGGCUACAGCCUCAGGGUGCAAGUUGUGACUCUUCAACCUAAAGGUCGUCUGACUGGUUAAUUAAAGACUUGACUGACGUAAGAGAUCGUGGUGACAUUUUCGUUUCCUACUGGAAGACUCUGAGCGCGAGGAAAGCAGCCAUGGACACCAGUAGAUGACCAGAGACACAGGGCGCAUAAGCUAGGAUGGACCCGACCACAGCAGACAUGUCAACUGUAAGGGACAGGCUGGACCCAAACAGCUGCACAGCUGAUGAUGAAGACAAGAAAAAUAUGGAAGCCCUUAGCUACAUCCAUAUGGUCAUGUCAACUAUCAGUAUCUUUGGAACCCUGUCCAUCAUCCUGUACUCAAUCGUCAAGAAGAUUUUCAGGAGCGCAGAGGUGCGUCCCCUGUUCCACCUGGCGGUCGCCGACCUGCUGCUCGCUGUGUGCUGGUUGGUCGGCUCGUUGCUAUGGAGAUCUAGACUGGACUUAAACAACGAUGCAGACAGUGACAAGUGCUUCUACCUGCAGCUUGUCACAGAGGCUGUUCACCUGGUGACAUUUUUCCUGACCAUGAACUAUGCGCUGAACGUUUACAUCCGACUCAAGGAUCGCGAGAACAAGGCCAACAACCUGUCCCUGCUCAUGUCUUCACGUUGGAUGGUCUGGACCAUGCGUUUAGUCUAUGUGUUAUCAUGGUUUGUCCCAGUGCUGGUGAUGGUCCCAGCUGCUCUGCACAAGAAACAGGUGCUCCGGGAGGUGGACACUUGUACAAGAUGUUUAAUGCCGUUUGGCAGGUCGUCUACCGGCAAUGUACAGCACCUGGACUGGAACAGUUACAUCUCCCUGCUGCUGGUGGGGUGUUUGGUGCUGUCCAUCUCUGCCAUGGUGAUCCUGUAUGUGCUGUCAUAUCGCGUGUACGGCCGUGUGCUCAAGUCAAACAUCUGGACCAAUUCCCAACGUGACGCCCUGGCUCUGCUGAAGACACGAGUCACCUUGUACAUCCUGGUCUUCCUCUUCUGCUGGUCACCUGCAUUGACAGUGGCGAUCACAGACUUGUCCCAGCAGAAGUUUCCGGAGUUCUCCAGAUAUGUCGUCCUGUAUGUUUUACAGGGAGUGACCGCUCCAGCCCAGGGCUUCCUGAACAGCAUGGUGUACGGCUGGACUCGCAGCGGCUUCCGGGAGGCCGUCAGGGACAACAUGGCCGCCGCCUCUACCUCUGCACAGGCACCUCUGCUGCUGGCGCGCUCAAACGUGAUCCACUAUGGGUCCAGCGGCCGGAGUAGCCCCACCACCCCACCCCCCGGGGUGUUGUCCUUCCGCACGAGCUUUAACGAGACCCACCCCCCCAGCAAACCCAUCCGCAAGACCCUCACCAAGCAGUCCGUGUAAAUACUUCUGUGCAGUUUUUAGUGGAUACUAGCCUGGUGGGGUUACAGACUUGUUUUAGAUCAGGCUGGGGUCUGCCACCAAAAAAUAGGUUGAACGUACAAUGCAAUGAUUAUAUUUUUUUAGUAGUAGAUGUCAUAAUGGUAGUCCCAUUUAGUAUGCUGUGAUCUGAUGGUCCUGAGAAAGGUAUCUUAAUUUUAGGGAUUUUGGUGGCAAAAUUUUGUCCUGUUAUUUGAAUACAUACUGAGGUAUGUUUUAGAACUUUAUUAUUCUAGAUAUUAAUACAGGAAGUAUAUUAUCAGCAUAGAUUUAAUGUUCAUGUACAUGCUGCCAUGGUUGUCUAUAUGCAGGUUUUUAUUUUAUAUUUCACAAAUAAGAUAUUUUAUGAUUUCACAUCGUCACUUUAAUUGAACACAUUAUUAAUGUUUUACUUAAUUGACAAGGUGUUGGAACAAAGAGCUUCUUAAUUUAUUACUAACUAAAUGGACGAGAUUUGUUGUAUAAAUCGAGGGAUUUAUCCAGAUGUAUUUACAGUAACUACAUGUAUCUUUAUUGUACUCUGGCAAAUUCAGGAGUUUUAUUUAUUUGGGUGUUCGGGCGGCAAGUCCUCAUUGUACCUAAAAUAGAUGCUAAGAGUAAGACUUUUUUAUGUUGACAUUUUGGGGUGUGGGGUUAUGUGGUGUAACCGCAGGGUUUUUAGGCAAGAACCCGGAUGUUCUGGGUUCAAAUCCCGUCAUGCCUCCGAUCUUGUGCCCUUGGGAAAGGCACUUAACACAACUUUCCUCACUCUACCCAGGUGUAAGAAUGGGUACCUGAUUUCAGUUGGGGAGAAAAGGUAGUAAAAGAAGAGGAAUGGGCUCUGCCUCCUAAUAUUGUGCCCUAUAGACAAUAACAUAACCGUUGCAAUGGCCUAGUGGGUAGGGUGUUCGCCUUUCAUUCGGUAGGUUGUGAGCUAGAUCCCGGCCGAGUCAUACCAAAGAAAUGGUACAUGCUGCUUUCUCUGCUUAGCACUCAGCACUAAUGAGGAAUAGUAUGGAAGUUAAACACACAUCACUACCAACAGCCCCCUGCUGUAGUGGCUUGCACAAAUGUGUGGCCCAAGGGCUUCGAAGUGGAGAUGGGCGCCACUCUAAGCAUCUGCAUAGAUGCACAGGCAACUUUAACUUUAACUUUGACUUUAUAGACAAUAACCCACUGUUUCUUUGGCCUUGAAAAGGCUAUGGGACUACCGUUACCUUCAUCUGCAGUUUUUUUGUUUUCCGAUUACGAGAACCAAAAAAUGAAAAGGCUGAAUUUUCUGUAAGCCAGCUGCAGUGCAGGAUUGGUUAUCGAUGAUGUUAAAUAAUUUAUUAAUGGCUUAACGUUUAAUGUUAUUGCUUAAUUGAGAUAUUUAAUUAAUUUAGAGGUUUAUUGCUAUUGCUACAUGAGAGGUUUGUUAGGGCAAAAGAUGUUGUGUCUCUGGUUACCCUACCGACACUAGGAAAAAUCUGCAGACACAUGUCCUUUUUCUUGGAGGGGGGGGAGGACCACUGGCAAGGGACAUAAGAUUUUGGGUUAUGGGGCACUCCCAUUGUGUUUUUUUGCCCACUAUGCUCUGUGCUUGUGGCAGUGUAGGUGUGUUAAAACUUAACCCUAGUUUUGCUAUGUGUAACAAUUGUGUCAUUGCACAUACAUGAUGACUGCAUGUUGGUUCAGUAUUAUUAUGGGUUUGGGAAAUUUCCAACCAUAAUGUGGCACAUCGAUUAGGAAAGUUAUUGAUCUGAUUAAUAUAUCAGCUUAUGGGGGUUAAAUUGGCAAAAAAAAUCCCUGCAGGACAAGGGUUAAACUAUACUUGUUGGAUCACUUAGUUCAAAAUCUGAAACAAAAAGAGAUCCAGAGAAUUCCUCAUUCAGGACCAUAGUGUGAAACGCAACAUAAGUUUCCCUCAGCCUACAGUCAAGAUAUUUGCGCACAAUUCUCACUCUAACUCUUGACGUUUCCUGUAUGGUGUAAAUAUCUGUUUUGUAAGCCAGUUUUUUUUCUAAGUUGCAGUCACUGUUUAAGGCAAAGUGGAACUAUUGCAGCCAUAAUGUUAAUGACAUUGUACAAAAUUUGUCAGUUUUAUAGACAAGAAAUAAAUCCGUUUGUGAAUGGUUGUUAAGUUAAACAAGUUCUUUCUUUACAACCACACGUUUUUCAAGAGCCAACAUUUUGCUGACGAUCUGUCAUCUUUUUCAGUGCAAAAAUAACCAGUUCGCUUUCCCUUUAACAUGAAGUAUUGUCAUGACAUAAUUAAUUGUUAAACAUUGGGAUAAUGCAGUCCUUAACAUAUGGCCACGCCAAUUUUAUUUGUUCCUUUUUGGAUUCGUUUGGUCCAUUUCUUUUCCAUUUUCAAAAAAAAAAAAAAAAAAUUCAUGAGAAAAAUAUUACAGAUUUUGCCAUCACAAACCUGUACAUAUUCAGAACCACAUACACAUAAUUUUAGUUUAAAAACAAUGCCCUUUAUCAGUAACAAAUCAGAGGAAGGGAAUCAUUGUUACACAGUAUAAAACGUGCCAUUGAACUUCUCAGGCUGUUGUUUUUUGUGUUACUUAAGCCAAAUACAUGUACAUGUAUCUUCACCCCAGAACUGAAAAAAAAGUAUUUUUUUCGACCUGUCGUUCCAAUUUUUUUUUCUGAAAAAGUCGGAGAAGCAACGAAAAAAUUUGGAGUGGCCUAAAACACUGUCACAUAAGUAUUGUUAAUCAUUACAAUAGCUAUAAUAUGUAUUUGUUAGUAGUGUAAAGUGAACCCGCCAUUUUUGCCUUUUGAAAAACGUAGUUGUGAAGAAAGAAGUUUAAUGUUAUCCCUGGCCAGUAAAUCAUACACCGUAUGACUCUACUACUACUACUACUAUUACUACUAAAUCUGACUUGCAGAAAUGUUAAGGUGUUUUAAGAUAUAAGUGUGAAAAGGGAACAUAUUUACAUACACAUGAAAUUAUGUAAUGCUGGAAGAGAUUCCUAUGUCUCAGUAGUAUACUUUCAAAUAAAGAUUUCUUUAAAUGUGAA